CGUCAUUCCGCUAGGGGAAGGUAGUUCCCACGGAUAGUCAAGUUGGCUGUCGGAACACCUUCUUGGCUUACUGCGCACACCUGCGAACGCCUAAGAUGAGCUGGCAAUUAUUGGCGCUCUAUCUCUCCUGUUUGAGUCAAAUCUGUCUCGCAGACAAUGGCAUGGUCAUGUCCAUGGAUGAUGGCAUGACUCUUGCCGUAGGGAACAUGCUCUCGUAUCUGCACUUUGCGCCAGGAGACACUCUUUGGUUCCUUGGCUGGGUUCCUGAGAGCUCGGGAACCAUGGUUGGCACAUGUAUCGCACUGUUUAUGUUGGCGGUGAUCGAGCGCUGGAUAGCAGCUUGCCGAGGAGUAAUGGAAUUCCACUGGAGCCAACAGGCGAUUAUCAUUGCGUCGGACAAACUCAAUACUCUACCAACUCGGUCAUAUCCCAUUGGAUUCAUAAAGCGCUUCACUCCACCCUUUAUCCCCGCGCAUGAUAUCUCACGUGGGGUCAUGUUUGCAGCGCAGACGCUGCUAAAUUACCUCUUCAUGUUGACAGUUAUGACGUUCCAACUAGGUUUCAUAUUCUCCCUUGUGGUGGGGCUCGGAGUGGGAGAAACGCUCUUUGGAAGGUUUGGCAGUGUCACGCAUGUGCAUUAAAUCUAUGCACGUUCGUUUUUGUAAGUUUAGAAUGGCUGCAAAGUAUUGACUUUCUUUUGGUUAUCGUCAGGC